AUGCGAUUUUCUCCUCUUCUAAUUCUCAUUUUUUCAUUGGCGACCCUCGAUUCUAUCGAUGCUACAAGUUGUAUGGAUGGAUUCGUGUUGUUGAAUGGAGCGAAAUGUGUGAAAGUGGUGACGGAUCAAGUGACACGGGAUGUAGCGAGACGAGAAUGUAAUUUGUUGGGUGGACAUUUGAUAACACCGGAUAAUCAGAUUGUGAGCUUUUUUAAACUAGUAUAUUUUAAUCAAGAUUUGUACAUAGGACAAUAAUGCAAUCUACAAAAUGGUAAUAUCGAAUCAAGCACCAAUUUGGAUUGGAGCAAAAUGCCAAAAUGGUCAACAGUAUUAUGAAUAUUCUUGUGUUUGGGAUGAUUACACCAGUCAUAAUUACAAUUAUUUUUAUACUAAUUACCCUAAUUUCACAGUCGGAGGACAAUGUCUUUAUAUGUCACAUCAAAUCUCUAACCAAGGAAAUUGGUAUAACACAGACUGUGAUAAAACAACAGCAAGUUAUAUUUGUGAAACAGAACCUAUCGGAAAUUGCAAAAUUGCAAAUAAUCCAUAUUGUUAUUGGGCAAUUGGUGAGCUUACAAAAGAUGAAGCUGUGAAUGCGUGUGGAAAAUAUUGUAGUGGUCAAAUCAUUUCAAUUCAUAACGAUUAUGAAAAUCAAAUCGUGUACAAUAAUUAUUUUUAUUCUAGUGGAUUGGUACCAUAUUUCCGUAUUGGUGCACAAUUAUCUUCACAUAAUUUAAAUUAUUGGAUUGAUAAUUCAACUUGGGAUUAUUCAAACAUCGGAUUUCAAAGUCUUAGCGUCGGAUCGUGCUAUAGUAUUUCACUGCAAAAUCAAGAAGUUGCACGGGGUAAAUGGUUAAGUGCAGAUUGCUCGUAUCAAUUGCCAACGAUAUGUAAACGACCACUAAUUGACACAUGUUCACCAACACCCGAUACACCAACGCAAUGCACAACGCCAACCUAUUUGAGCACAACAAAUGCGAGUGUGGUCGAAUCUCCAAAUUAUCCAUAUCCAUAUUGUACAAAUCCAAUUCAACCUUGCUUUUAUGUUUUGACUGGACCACAAGGUACAUCAAUGAAUAUAAGAUUCCCGGUCUUCAAUCUGGAUACGGUAAGAACUAGAAUUCGUCUUUUGAGAUUUAAAGGCGGUCAGACAGCUAUUCCGGUUGACGGAGACCACCCACGAAGCCUCUGACUUUAACCGGGCUAAACUUGAACCAAACAAAAGAUAGAGAUGAAAUAUUGUGAAAAUAUGAUACUUCAAAUCUUCCUGUGCAAAAGUGCGUCGCAGUGUUUGCACACACACAAAUCCGCUGGACGUGGGGGCAAUUUGAAAUUUUGAAAACACAAGAUUUUCUCAGCUCGUAUUAACUUUGAUGAUUUCGGAAUUUUUUCACUGGUUCGUUUCAUAAUAAACUAUUUUUGGCACUAAGCUUUGAGGAAAACCGGAAUAAUUGUUUAAAUGCCUUUAAAGGCGAAAGAGAAAAUCUUGUGUUUUCAAAAUUUCAAAUUGCCCCCACGUCCAGCGGAUUUGUGUAUGUGCAAACACCGCGACGCACUUUUGCACAGGAAGAUUUGAAGUUUCAUAUUUUCACAAUAUUUCAUCUCUAUCUUUUGUUUGGUUCAAGUUUAGCCCGGUUAAAGUCAGAGGCUUCGUGGGUGGUCUCCGUCAACCGGAAUAGCUGUCUGACCGCCUUUAAAUUUAAAUCAGAUUAAAUUUUUGAAAUUGGAAUCUCAUGAAUAUUACAGAACUCAACGAUUCAACUAUUUUCAUCGUUUGAUGAAAGUGCGCCCUUCAAAACAUUGUCACAAUCAAACUACAACGGAGCAGCCACUUGGUACAUCUCGCCAAGCAAUUUUAUCAAACUUGUUUUCAAUGAUCUAACCACUGAUUGCAAUAGCACAACAGCAAUUUAUCGUUGGCAAGCACAAUUUCAACCAUCGACAACAAUUUUGAAUUGA